AUGCUAGAAUGGAAACCCCCGAUCUGGCAGAGCAUCUCUGCGCUGGCUAGCCCCUAUGCGGACUGCAGUCUGCAGUGUUCACAUCUGUCCGUCCAUUGUCUCCCGGGCCAAACAUCCGAAGCGCGGAACCUAGCCAAUGGCAAAAAAUGCAAAGAAAAUUGUGCAGCACUGCAGCCCUCUCUCUCUCUCUCGCCUGUCGUCGCUCGCGCGGCCGCCUGCGUCCAUCCCGAGCCACCGGUGCCAGCGGUUGCGAAAACCGGUCGACGCGCCAUGGCGAGACUAUAUGACGUAGGGGAGAACGCGAGAGACGAACGAAGGUCCAUGUCCAAACUCAGCUUGGCUCCUACCAGUGAUACGUUCGAGAGGCUCUGCUGUCCGUUUUCCAACUGGCUCGUUGAUCUUCCGGGUCCCCUUCGAACGAAGGACGGAACGGACAACGACCCUUACUCGAUGAUGUUCACUGUCGUCGGUACUUGUUGUUCUUCGUCAUUCGAACGAUCCAAUCUAUCAUACCUUUUGUCCUCGGUCAGCAAAACUCCCCGCACAAGCUACGAGUCUACGCGCGUAACCCUCGUAUCUGAUAGAACUACUACACUACACUACCACGGCAACGGUCGCGACCAUGAUAUGUCCACCGAUGACCGAUCUACUGUUUCUAUCCUGAACCCGUCCACACACACCCCAUCCAUCCCACCGCAAAAAAGAGUUUCGGCCGCCGUUCUAGACCGCCCUGCCGCGACGGGAGGAAGAUGGGGUGACCCCUCCAAGCUCCAAGUCCUGCAAAGACGAAGCUCCUCCUUCCUCGCCUGUUUCCUUACGCAAGGUACCGAAAUCCAUCGUCUUCAGCCCGCGUACUCGUCGGUUCCCAACCACGGACACUCAAUCAUUUUACCUAUCCGUACGGAUACUCUUCUUGACCUCUCCGCUAGGCGGCCGGGAGUGGAUAUAUCGGCCGUUCCAGCUUAUGUCUCGCUCGUCCGUUCACGUCCCCUCCACGUCCCUCUUCUCGGUUUCCCUAAUCCGGAAAUCCCGAGCCUUGGAUCCAUAUUUCGAGAUAUCCUCUUUUUCUCUUUCUCCCCCUCAGGUCCCCAUCUCCUCUUCUCCAAAAAGACUUUCACGAUCCGGCCGAGUUUCCCACCACUCUGCGCCAUCGCCUUUUCGCAUUUCUCCUCCUCGGCGGAACCCCAAAAACUGCUCCAUUCCACAAUAAACUAUCCCGUCUUUCCCCUCUCUUCCCAUUAA